GGAUGCGGCCCCGCGGCGGGAUCAGCCUGGGUUUUGUGUCCGAGCAACGGAUCCGACAGCUGGAGCAGAAGCUGCGAGCUAAAGAAGAAAGAAUUGUAGUGCUGGAAACAGAAAAUGCCCUUCUGCAUCUCAAGCUUGCAGAGUGUCAAAGUAUGAUUGGGAAAAGCUCAACUAAAGAAUUGCCCCAAAGCUGUGCAAAUUGUAAACUGCACCAUUUGCAUGGGAGUGCCAGCCAAUCAACCGUAAUCCACCUUUAUGGAUCAAUGCAGAGACUGAAGCAAGACAUGAAGAAUCUCUGUUUAUCUGCUCUUACAUUUUCAAAAGACUUCCAGCAUCAAAGCAAGAACUCUCUUCACCAGAUUUUGGCAGCUGUCCAAAGACUACAGCUUCACAAUGAAGCUAUGCAAACAUUUCAGGUUAAAGCUCUCGAACUUGAACAAUCCUUGCUUGAUGUAAGUGAGCGAUAUCUGAAAGAAAAAGAAAAGAGAAAAAUACUUCAUAACAGUUUAAUUGAACUCAGGGGCAAUAUCAGAGUACACUGCAGGAUCCGUCCACUGUUACCAUUUGAUACUGCUCCUGGAGAGCUCGAAUUUGAAGACAGGCAUAGGAGCGUAUCAGAAAAAGUGGUGUGUGCAGCUGAUGAUGAAACUGUAUUGGUAAAAUGCAACCGUCCUGGUCACGCUUUGAUAAACAAGACAUGGCAGUUUGAAAGAGUAUAUAGUGCUGCUGAAACUCAAGAGACGGUGUUUGCAGAUGUAUCACCUUUGCUAACAUCGCUGUUGGAUGGGUACAAUGUGUGCAUUAUGGCUUAUGGGCAGACUGGGAGUGGAAAAACAUACACAAUGUUAGGACCGCAACCUGAAGAUAAUUUUGCUUUCCACCUGGAGGACGAACCAGAAUUAGGAAUUAUUCCUAGAGCUGCUGAAGAAGUGUUCAGGCUCAUUUCAGAGAAGCCACCAGGAAGUCAUUGGGUUGAGGUUUCUGUUGUAGAAGUGUAUAAUAACGCCGUGUUUGAUCUUCUGGCCAAAGACAACUGUGGAACAACAACUGGUGUCAAAAGGGACAUUGUCACAAAUAAGGAAGGGAAGAGUGAUGUCCCGCUUCUUGUGUACGAGCCUGUUGAAGAUGCAGUGGAGUUCUUGGAGCUGGUUCAUAAGGGCCUACAGUUAAGAGUCAAACAUCCAACCCUUGUACACGCUCAUUCAUCCCGUUCUCAUCUUGUGGUAACUUUGACUAUCACUACAAAGGCUGCCUUGGAGGACAGCUUUGGUGAUUGUUCUAGUCAGAAGCUGAGUAAAGAGCAUUUCUUCAACUCUCCACACUCUGUGAAAGAUGACAAGCCCACUUGUCCUUCCAGAUCUUCUUCACCAGCCCAGUUUCUCGGUGACUCUACAGAGAAACACAAGCGAACAAAACUUCAGCUGAUAGAUUUGGCUGGCAGUGAAUGCGCUGGUAUGUCUGGCGUGACUGGAACAGUCCUCAGAGAAACCUCCUUCAUUAACCGAAGCUUGUCUGCGCUGGCAGAUGUACUUGGAGCAAUAUCAGAACAUUGUUCUCAUGUUCCCUAUCGAAACAGCAAACUUACACAUUUACUCCAGGACUCCAUUGGUGGUGAUGCAAAAUCACUGCUGGUGUUGUGUGUCUCCCCCAGCCCAAAGUACAUAACAGAGUCCCUGCAGACCCUGGGAUUCGGAACACGAGCAAGGCAAGUUCAGCGAGGGCGAGCCAAGAAGAGAAACCAACCGGGGCCAAGCAAAUCCAAAUAAAAAGCAAGAGUCCUGUGGGUUAAAGGACUAUUAAUGAGUUCCUCAGACUGAAAUCCAUCUUGUUUUUGUAAAGAUGUAAACUGCCAGUUCAAAUAAACACUGUUC